AGACUUUCUGAGGCUAUCGGAGUCAAAGCUUUAGCCUGGAAAUUGUCACUACAUUGUGAAAUUCCUUCUGACACUCUGGAAAUGCUUACCUGCUUGCCUUAGGAUUUUUAACUUAUUCUACUCCAGCUUCUUAAAGCUUCCCAUCCCAGGUCUAUCUUAAAUUGCAGACACAGCAGCUCCUAAGAAAAAGUCUGUGAUUUCUGUUUCCAGUUUUCAAGAAAUUUCAGAUCGAAGGUCCCCAAUGAAGAGAUCCAACUGCACAGAGGUAAGAGAGUUUGUUUUCCAAGGCUUCUCCAAUUUCCAAGAGCAUCAGGUCACACUCUUUGUUGUUUUCUUUGUCCUAUACAUCCUGACUCUGACUGGCAAUGUCAUCAUUGUGACCAUUAUCUGCAUUGACCACCACCUUCAUACCCCCAUGUAUUUCUUCCUAAGUGUUCUCUCAACUUCAGAGACUUUCUAUUCUCUGGUCAUCAUCCCACGCAUGCUUGGUAGCCUUGUGGGUCUGAGCCAAACCAUCUCCCUGGAGUGCUGUGGGACUCAGCUAUUUUUUUUCCUUGGAUUUGGAAUCACCAACUGCUUCCUGCUAGCAGUCAUGGGUUAUGAUCGCUAUGUGGCAAUUUGCAACCCGCUUCGCUAUAGCAUCAUCAUGAAUUGGAGGGUGUGUGUCAUUCUGGUAUCUUCAAUCUGUGCCUCAGGGUUCUUGCUCUCGCUAGUCCAGGCCCUGGCCAUAUUCAGGCUGCCAUUUUGCAACACACUGAUUAAACAUUUCUUCUGCGAUGUCCGUCCUAUUUUGGAUCUGGCCUGUACUGUGCCAGUCAUCAAUGAAGUCUUGACAUUAGUACUCACCCUCAUGGUCCUCACAGCCCCUGCCAUUUUCCUCUUUGUCUCCUAUGCUCUUAUUAUUUCCACCAUUCUCAAGAUUGCCUCAGCUGAUGGCUGGAAAAAAACAUUUGCCACCUGCAGCUCCCACCUGACUGUGGUUGUGAUCCACUAUGGCUGUGCCUCCAUUGUAUACUUCAAGCCCAAAUCAGAGAACAGUAAGGACCAAGACCAGCUGCUCUCGGUGACUUACACUGUAAUAACACCUCUACUAAACCCUGUUGUGUAUAGUCUAAGAAACAAAGAAGUCCAGGAUGCUCUGCGAAAAGUGUUGUGUAGGCAAUCUUAGUUGCUAUCUUAGUUGCUGAGUUCUCUUCAAAUAAUUUCUUCUUUCUCAUAUAGAACCUGAUAGAUUAAGGUAUAAAGCCAGGGUUUCAUGUGAUU